ACAAUACCAUAGCAGUAUUGAUAUGAGAAAGGAGUUAGAUUAAAGUGCAAGAUCACAAGUGGUUAUUACAGACAUCAAAGAUCCUUUACUGAACAUGGAUAUCGAAAAGAGCCAGGAUGCAUUUCAGACAAAUACUGUACAGAAUCUGGAAAUACUGGACUUCCUGAUUGAUUGCCAAAGUGGAAUAUUAUGCUGUGAGGAUGUUUUUGCCCAGUCUGUAUAUGUCAAUUCAGAUACAUAUGUCCUUGCCCAAGAUGGUGAAGCUUUCUUAUCCUCAUCUAGGAUGCCUGCUGAUUUACCAUCAGAUUUUAAAGUUUGGUCAUCUCUAGGCAGCGACAAAGCAAUUUCUGAAGAUGUGCCAGCAGACUGGAAUUGUAAUUUUCCUAAGUGCUAUACAUCUGAAGACAUGCCUGCUCUUGGGAAAUUACAUACAAAUAGUGAUUUUUCCAUAAGUUUGGAUAUAUUCUCUGGAAAAGGCUUUUAUGAAGAUAAUAAGGAAUUAAAUAUUCCCAUUGCUGACUCAGGCUGCCAUCUUACAGUGAAGGAUCUUUUGUUAUCCAGUAGUUGUGAAAUGCAGAGACAUCCUGCUCCCUUGUUGCAGGGCUGUGCACCAGUGGCCUGUAGGGAGCUAAUUCUGACUGAGGAGGAGAGGAAGUUGCUUGAUAAAGAGGGUACAACACUGCCUAGUCAGUUACCCCUUACCAAGUAUGAGGAACGUGUUCUGAAAAAAAUAAGACGAAAAAUCAGAAACAAACAGUCAGCCCAAGAGAGCAGAAAAAAGAAGAAAGAAUACAUGGAUGAGCUGGAAACCAGGAUGUCAACGUGCACAGCCCAAAAUCAGGAGCUACAGCACAAAGUUCUACAACUGGAGAAAGAGAACGUGUCACUUCUUGAACAGUUACGGAAGCUCCAGAUAUUAGUCUGCCAGUCAACAGGGAAUGUGGCUCAGACAGGAACAUGCAUGGCAGUUUUACUUUUGGCAUUUUCUCUCAUCAUUUUUCCAUCCUUUAACCCAUGUACAAAAAAGACUCAAAAAAGUAAUGACUUCACCCCUGUGCGAGUGUUUUCCAGGUCUCUACAUGACUCUCUCUCUUCAAGGGUAAACUAUUUUCCGGCUGAUACAGAAGGGACUACAGGUUGGGUGCAAAAUGAGCACCAAGGACCAGCCACACAGUUGAGGAUUCUAGGGAAGUACCUAACAGCAUCACAAAGCAACUACACAAAGCCUUUGAGUGUGGAAAAAUCACUUGAUAUAAUCAACCACACUCUCCGUCUAAAAGGAGGAGUUAUUGGUAUAAAGCUGCAGCAGAGAUUCUUUGUAGAUGAUAAGAAGUCACAAAGUGGCACUUUGAGAGAUCAAGUUAUAGGUAAUGUUACCUGGAAGCAAGAAGGGGAGCUAUGAUCCAGAAUCUUCUAAACACAAAGACGUAUUGCAAAGAAUAUUUGACUGGAAGAGUGUCUGUCCAAAUACUGAUAAAACUUAGUUUUGGUAGAUGGGGUAUAAUAAUAUAUGGUGAUUUAUGAUAAAAAGAAAAGUUCAGUGAAAGCAUUAACACGGAGCACUUAUGGUCAGAUUAAAAAAAAAAAUAACCAUUAUUCCUUCAUAUAAAAACAUCAGAUUCCCACAAACAUAAUAUAAAACUAUACUCUUAAUGUGUUUCAUGACACCAUGCUACUUCCCUAGAAGUACUUUUUUUUUUUCUUUUUUUAAAAUAAUGGAACCAUGACUCUAAAGAACACUGUCUCCACAUCCUAGAUAAAUGACCAGUCAGUAUUCUGACACCUCAAAAAAAUUAAAUAUAUUGACAGUCAGUGGGAACUUCAACCCUAGACACAUUAUAUAAAGUGGAAGAUGGUACCAUGUAGCCAUGAAGCCAUGUACCAAAGAAAAGGCAAUGUUCAAAGUGCAAAAAAGUUGCAAUUCACAUUUUUUUUUUCACUUUGUACACUGCAUUCCAAAAAAAUUUGCUUCAGGUCUCUGCACUCUGUUUGCCAGUGCUGUAUUCAUGAGGGCUGGAGACAGGGAACUUUGGGAUUUUCAGACAUGCUGAGAUGCAGACCAAGCCUUGUACUUACCACCUGUACAUGCUGAUGCUGUGCACUGUGCCUUGCCAAGGAUUUAUCUGCUGUGAGGUGCAGUGCACAGCCAAACACAAGGCAGAAGUGUUUUCUCAAUGAGCACUAAGGGCAUGUGCUCCAGACAAUCCCUUACAAAAAUCAGGUUAAGUUUGAGUGGUUGCAAACAUGCACUUCUGAAAAUGCAUGCACUGUCUGGUGGUAGAUGUGAGAACAGCACCCAAAUAGGAGGAAAAGCUCUGUGGUCAAACAGGCAUACACCUGUAGUUACCUGAAACAACUUGCAUUCUCAGUUCUCUGCAUAGUCAGAAAUGUAAGUCCUAUUUUUGUGCCCAUAUUGGCAAGUCUAUAAUGCAGUUGACUCUACUUAGCAGGUGUUUGCACCUAUGUUGGAAUUCUUGUGAAAAAGACACGCGUGGGUAAAAAAAAAGUCCAUCUUUGUUCUUGUUUUCGUAAUCUGCAUGUUCAAUAUAUGUAUGGUACUCUGUAAAAAUGUAUUAAUAAAACACGGUAAUCUGCA